GGCCGUAAAACAACAAAACUACGCGAGGCACAAAUUGCUGCCUCUACCUGUUCAGUCAUCUAUAUGCACGAGCAAAAAACUAGGUACCUCCCCAUACCCUAUUGCAUCCAUCCACCUGUCUGUCUGUCUGUCUGUCUGUCUACAUGUCUUCAAUCUUCCAUCCGUCGGAUGUAGCUGCGCGGAAGGUCCACCCUCUGAUGCUCCUGCUCCCUCAUCGGAGGCUCAAUGCGGUCCAACUGAGCAUGGACCUUGAGCUUCUUCCUAAUCAACACACACAGAUAGACAGACAAACAGACAGAGAGGAGAAAGCGAUUGAUGAAGGGAAGGCGUGUCUUGCGGUCUGGCUGGCUGGCUGGCUCCGUCUUUCCCCUUACAUGAGGUCACACUCCUCGUGUGUAUAGUGUGCAGGCGCGUUGGACGGCCUCUCAUCUCGAGGAGCAUGCGACCCUCCAGAUAGGUCACCACCACCCUGCCCCUCCGGCAUCAUGCCGCCACCAUUACUCGCGGCAUCACCACCGGCUGCCUGCCCUGCCUGCCUCGACGCUCUGUCCGCCUCCAUGCAGUGCUCCAUGUCCCAGAUGCCCGCGCUCCCCGAGUAGACCUCCAGCUCAUCCAAAGAGAACUGGAAGCCCACCGGGGCGGACACCGGCACCGGGCGGAAAACGCCGUCCCCCGGAACCUCCACGCCGGCACGGCCCCAAUACGUCCAGUCGUGAGCCGACGGGCCGCUGCUGUCCGCGAAGGCCUGGCAGUUGGUCAGGGUGGCAUCGCUCGCCGACUGACCCGGCGCGGCGAUGCCGAUCUGGAUGUUGGCUGCGGCGAUGAGGCAGGGGAGCGGGGAGGGGGGCUGGGUGAGAUCGGUCCACCUCUCCAUCUCAGCCGAGCCCGCCAGCAUGAGGGUGCUGCUGCGGGCGAGGGGCUGUAUCGGGGGGCCGGUGGAGGGCGGCUGAGGGGGGCUGUGGAAGCUGAAGGACGAUGUGCUAUGAAUGCUCGUGUGCGGCCCAGUCACUUCGACGGGUGCGGUGAUGAUGGUCACGAACAGGUGGCCGCUGACACGACCAGCCCCAGCCACACAAAGACACCGACAAUCCCACCAAGAACUCAAUCAGCGACCUCCUCCCUCCCUCCCUCUCUCCUGCCCUCCUUCAUGGCCUUACCUGUCUUUGGCCUUCAUCAUGAUGACCAGGGGUGCAGCAUCUCUGACGCACGUCAGGAAGUCCACCCACCGCCAGCCGUCAAGGGACGCCCUGCGUGGGACAGUAUGGCAUGCCAUCAUUGCGUUAUAUACCUGGCGCGAAGGCUUUGUCGAGUCGAGAGUAUUUCUCGCUGCUCACUCACCUCUAGAUGCAAUAGAUGCAUUCGGUGUCGACAGAUGGCGGCAAGCCGGGGGGCGGAGCCGACCAUGUGUGCCGCACCUCGUUGAUGCCACGCAGGUGCUCGUUCGUCAGCAUCCCGCCCUCCCGGCGCAUGAGUCGGGUCCCAUCGAGGCCAAACACGUCCAGCGCCCAUUGGAACACCCAGUGGCUGACGUCGCCCUUUGACUGAAGCACAUGAGUGUCCGUGAUGGGCCGGCGCUGCUGGAAGGCGCGGACCACCAGGUCUGCCGCGCGGCGAAUGGCAUCGAUGGGACGCGCUGCCCCGAUGGGACACCCACUGACAUCGUUGCUACAUACACCGACACAACACAACACACACACACACAUGGAUACGAACAAGUGUGCACUAUAUAAGCAGCCGCACGAAUGCAGUCGAGCUCACUGUUCGAAUCGCGAGUAGAAAAUGCUGAGUGCGCCGCCAGGGAGCGACCAUGCCGCCGCCUUCGUGACGGUCACGGUCGACCCCAACACAUCCACCGACAUGAGCUGACAGGAGAAGACGUCACACAGCCGACAAGCGCUUCGCUCGGCUUCUUCUCCUCACAUGUAUUUGUGGGUACCUACCCUACCUGGUCAGCAAGUGGAUUGCCGCUUUUGAGCAUUGGUUUGAUGCCUUCGAGGCGAGCCAACUCGUCCGCCAUGCCCUCCUGAAUCUUCUCAGCCAUUGCCAGCAUGUCGUUGGCCUCACUCACCCCCGCAGAGCCGGUGCUGGCCGCUCUGUCAGCACACAAGCACAGAGCCAUUUGCAAACGAAAAAUUGCCUCACCAAUGUGUGUGUGUGUGUGUGUGUGUGUUUGUGUGUCCCCACCUGGCCGACUGGUUCCGCCGUGCAGUGGGCGGGUUAUGCAGCAGCGUGUCGAACCAAUACCUGAUCCAUACAGUGAAUCAGGGACAUGAUGUUGUAUUCAGUGCCUUCCAGUGGUCGAGGGCCGGCCUCUUACUUGUAUGCCAUAUCAUCUUGCUUCCCCUCAGGCAGGCGCACGUGGAAGUUGGGAUCCCACCGAUGCGCCUGGAGCUGGUUACACAACCUGACACACACACACACACACAGAGACAGGCAGGCAACACACAGCCGUCAAUCCCAUCCCUCAUCCCUCCCUCACUCUGUGAAGGCCGCCGGGUAGACCGCCAGCAAAACGCGCCCGCUGCCGUCACGCACAAGUGCACGAUCGAAUCGGCCGCUGAAGAGGGUGGCGAGCAGGCUGCCCUUGGCCGCACACAGUGUGGAGCGAGCGGCGGGCACGACCGCGCCACUCACAUUCAGCUCCAGCACCUCCUCACCGCUGCCAGUGCCAGCAGCAGAUGUCCCCAAGUCGGCGACGCCGCCCAUCUGUGUCACUUGCCGUUUGUACUCUGUGAGUAUGCUGUGGAUGCUGUCGAUGUAGCGUGCCGUCAGCUGUGGCGCCUGUGCUGCCCAUCUUGUGGCGGCGGUGAGGAAGUCGUCCCCUAGGUGUCCAGGCUGCACGUCGCCGUCCAUCGUGAUCAGCACACCUACCAAGGGCGCCUGAGGCAGUGCAAGGGAUGCAAGGGAUCUUUUGG